GGCUCCAACCUGCGCAGGUUGCGGUGCGCCUCUGCGUGACGAGCGGACAGGUUUUUGUUAGACAAAUACGCACCGUGUUCCUUUCUGCUGUUAUAACAGUUUUAUUCCGCUCCUGCUGCCAUUUGCAUUCACCUGUAAUGCAGUCAGCGCGGCUCCAAAGGAACGACAUUCCCGUCCACGCGUGGGCAAAUGUGGAUCUUUAGACUUGAAAACCCCGAAGAGGAGCUGAGGAAGAGGGAGAACGUCCUGGGCACGUUAUGAAAGCUUAACAUGAUCAUUUAAACAGCCCAAAAAAGAGAAACUAAAAGUUAGAGUUCGGGGUACAGAUGGAGUCGAUGACUGGAGUUCUGCUUCUUCUGCUUCUCCUUAUCGCAGGAUGUGUUCAAGGGGACUUCAAGGAGCCUCCGCAGCCCAACACCGACCUCCAGGGGUUCACUGACGCACAGACCAGACUCCCCUGCUGGUACCAGCCGGAGGCGGACCAGAGGAUGGUGCAGGUCACCUGGGAAAAGGUGUUCCCAAACGGCACCAGCAAGCAAAUCAUCACGGCCCACUUUACUGAAGGGAUUAAAGCGGCUGAGAACUCUGAUCGGGUGACGUUUGAGACCUACAGCCCGAUUUCUGAGAGCUCAGCUCUGCUCAUCAAAGUCACAAAGGUGUCGGACGCCGGCAUCUACCGGUGCCACAUCGUCACCUACCCCCUGGGAAACUUCGACAGGACCAUCAAGCUCACCGUGUGGAUGCUGCCCAUCUCCUCUGUGGAACAGGAGAACCUGGUGGAAGGCCAGGCGUUCGGCGUUGUCGCCACCUGUCGGGCCGUGGGCUACCCCAGACCCGGGCUGUCCUGGGACACCGAGCUGCCCGGCUACUCCAGGAACCACACCGGGGAAGACGGGAAAACGUUCAUCCAAUACUCGCUCCACCCGCUGCGCAGCAUGAACGGCAAGAAGCUGGACUGCUUGGUGUGGCAUCCCAGCCUGAAGGAGCCGCGCAGGAUCGCAAACCCCCUGGUGGUCGAGUACCCCCCAGAUCCCAUCAUCUCCAGUUCCCCCAGUGACUGGCAGGUUGGUUUGCAGAAGGCCGAGCUGGUGUGCGAAGGCAGGGGGAACCCAACACCAGAGAACGUCAUCUGGACUCGGAGAGGACAAGCUCUGCCGGAUGGGGUGUCUGUGGUUGGAGAAAAGCUCGUUUUCGGACGGCCCGUCCAGUUGAAUGACAGUGGGACGUAUGAGUGCGCGGUCAAGAACACCGUGGGAUCUGGAAAAACAGAGUUUAGAUUGCAUAUAUCAGAGCCGCGGAACCUGCCGCUGCAGAAUCUGUCGCAGCAAAGCCUGGUGCUGAUUAUCGUUUGCGCGGCAGCCGGCGCUUUGCUUCUGCUGCUGCUCGUCGUGUUUCUGGUCGUCAAACGGCGCCACCUGAGAAAAACCAAAAAGCUGAAGAUGGAGCUCCAGGAAACAAAGGACGAAAUUAACAGUCUCUCAAGACAAGCCUCCUUCAGGAGACUGAACUCAACCGGCUCAGUUUCACGAAUUCAGUCUGAAGAUUAUGCCUUACUCAGAGUAGACAGCUGCACUAAAUACAGCCAAAUGACUCUGGAGCCCCCCCACUAUCAGGGCAGCCAGUCCACUCUGGGUGGGAGGUGGGGACCCACAGUAGAGGUGCCACGGGACGAAUACGGGCGUCCCGUCGUCUGGACCGAAGACAGAGAGUGCCUGAGAGCCGCAGAGAUGAACAGGGAGAAGGAGGAGCGCAGGAAACGGGUGGAGUCGUUUGUGAAGAACAGCAACAUGUCGCUGGAUUCAGGCCUUCCUUCAUCACUGGUUCCCCUGAAGGUCCAGCAGGACGAUGGGAACGGUCAUAAAGAGUCGGACCUGGGUCACCUACAGGAAGGCGACUCUUCCCCAGGCGACGACUCGGUCGUUGAAUCCUCCACAACAGAGGAACACGAUGAUGACGAAGGGAGAAGACGGCAUUAUCUUCAGGGAACUCUCAGUAAAAUGUUUUAUGAAAGCAACGGGGUCCUCAGGCCCAGAGAGAAUCCCAACGCCAUUCUCCUGCCCAGCCAAAAUUAUUACAAACCACAACUUAUCUAAACCUCUGACUUUCUUCCAUAAUUGGAAAUGAGAAAAGCCUGUCAGCAUUUCUGCUCUGACAGAGACUUUUAUUUUGAAAAAAACAAAUAUUUAACUACUAUGGACAGAACGCCAACAAAGACAAUUUUAUUUGUUUUUGACCUCCUAAACUUCUAUUCUUACUUUGCAAUAACAGGGAUCUUUUUAAAUACUUUGGGAUAUUUUUUGUGCAUUUAAUAAAAGAAGAGAGCUUCCUCGACUCUGGAAUCGUUGAAUCUUGGAAGAUCUUCAGAGACUGGAGACGUUUCCUCUAACUAAGCAUCAGAUCAUCUGAAUGAGAACGCUCACUGUCAUCAAAUAAUCUUACAAACUUUAGUUUCACUGACUUUACAUUAGUUUAACUGGAUUAUUCUACAGAGAUAAAAGAUUAUUAAAACAGAUUUAUUAUAUGUUUACUGACUCACUGUACUGUACACCCUGCAUCAAUGAACAUGGUUUUCCCUAGAAAACUUGCUAAUCACGGUGGUAGGGGCACUAGAGCAGUCCAUCAACAAACGUGUUUUUGUGUUAAAAAAAUCUUUAAUUACAAAAAGUUGGAGGUCCAUGAGUGGGCAUCAUAAUUUGGAAAUAAUAGCAUGAGACCGACCAGGAGGUGUAGGAACCUUGGUGCGCAUCCUCUGGUGUCCAGUUCAAUGCGCCAGCUAUAAACCUAGCUUAAUUUCUCUGUACUGUCAAUGUUACUUGUACAUAAAAAACGUAUUUAAAAUAAACAAACCACGUUUAGCCUGGUGGGGGCAAGUUAAGCCUGGUGGCCUGCCAGGCUUAUAAUACACUAAGGGAAACCUUGCAGUGCCUUAGUGCCUGAAAUGCAAUAUUAGUGUGUAUUUCUAAUAAGAACUAACCUUGUCAUCAGUGGUAGUUUAUGUAAACAAAAUGGCUCUCUGACCAGGGCGUCAUCCACCAUGGGGCAGCACCGACACUCCAGAGAGAGUAAAGAAACAGUUUUGUCAGUUUUACCUCCAACAAGUUUUCUAUUGGUUAUUUUCAUGUUUAGUAAAUGGGAAUUGGGCUCUUUCUUAUGUUUUACACAAUGAAGGCACUGCAGUCAAAAUGGCCGAGCACAAGAAGUGGAUGAUUAAAUGGCUAAAAGCUAAAAGGUUUAUUAAACUAUUUAUCAAAGACGCUGGAAUAUUUAAUUUGCUCUGAUCUAGAAUCUGAACUGUGUCAGUGGUCAAACGUGAGCUGGGUUGUUCUACGCAGAUUAAAGAUUUGCUAAAACACCAUUUUAGGUUUAUUAUUCUGUUCCUCUAUGCCAAUAUUUGGGAUUUCUUAUACUUUCUAUAAGUAGGUUGAUUUUUUUGCCCCGUUCAUUGACUGGUUCAAUGUUUCCAACCAGAUCAAGCUGAAAAUCAAUAAGCACUUAAAAACUAUUAUAUUUAGCUUGGGUUAAAUCUAUUUUUCACUUCAGUCUUUGCAUCAAAAUGAAAAUAAUAUUAAAAAUAGGUGGGAUGUAUGUAAAAAAUAAUGUAAUAAUAGAGUAAUUUUAGCAGAAGUUGGAGUAAUUAUUGCUUUCCUGUUUUAAACUAAAACAGAGACAAUAUUUUAAAUUUUUGUGUAAAUAUUCAGAUAUGAUAAUCUCAUGCUGGCCCAAGCCUAUAGAAGAGUUUACUAUAUUUAGUCUUUCAUAAACUAUAUUUUUCAAUGUACAUAUUUUGCUAGAUUUAUAUGAUCUUUAUUGUUUUUCUACGGGUCAAACGGGUUUUGCAGCUCGACAAAUUUUACUCAUUAAAAUGUCUCUCUUGAUUUAUGUACAGGACGCAUUUUCCCCUGCAGAACAAAAGCAGUGUUACUCACGUUACUAUCUGUGGCCAUAUUGUUUUGGCUCACAGGUGUGACUACAUGUGAAACAUCAACAGCUACCUGCAGGAACUAAAGCGUAAAGGGAGGAACUGUGAUAAAAAUGAACACAUUUGAAGAAAAAUGGCUAAAAUGCGGAUUUUAUUGGACAAAACUGGACUGUAAAUGAUCACUGAUGAGCAGCUGGAUGAACUGGACAUUUUAUUUUGUAUGAAGAAACUCUGUAUUGUUUGUAUAUGUGUUUUACUGUAAGGAAGUCAAAUGUAAAUAACUAAGAUUUUAUUAUUAAAAUUACAGCGUAUGGGAUUUUAAAAGCA